UAUAUCUAAUAUCCCGUCCAAUUUAUACAGUUUGUUAGAAAUUCAAGGCAAUCUAGUAGAGUUCUAUUUAAAACAAAUUAGUGAUUAGUGAUCUAACUCUAGACAACCAAAAUCGGUUGAUUUAUGUGAUUUUCAGAUUUUGAUCAAUAUGGAUUAGCAAUUUGGAUUUCAUUGAAUUGAAAAGCCUGCCAAUUAAAAGGGCCCAUGGAGAUGCUAAUGAAGUAAUGAUGAAACCUGAAAACCUACAUAUAAAUAGCAUAGAAUAGAUUGAUCGAUGUAGCAAGUUGCAACAUAAACUCAAAUUCAAAGUGAGCAGCUUGGGCUGACGAUAUGCGGAUUGCGGAGAGGAAAGCACCGAGACGCCUGGAACUGGUCAGUUGUCCCACGGCAAGAACGCAGCUCUUAACAGACCUUCCGGAAGAGACAAUAAUGGAAAUCUUGCUGAGGCUUCCCGCAAGGACGCUUGCUUCCUUAAGGAGCGUUUGCACUUCAUGGAGAAACCUAAUCUCCGCCCCCGACUUCACCUUCAACCACCUUCGUCGUUCAUGCUUACUUGAUCCAACUUUGACUAUUGCCUACAGAAAUGGCCUCAGUUGCGGCAGUAUCAGUCUUCUCUCCGUACACUCAAUCUUGGACAAUGCUUCCGAGCCUACUCAAGUCGAUUACUUCAGGGAACAACGCUCCUACGAAAUCAUUGGUUCUUGCAAUGGAUUGUUAUGCUUGGCUGAUGAAGAUGCCUACCAUUACAUGCAUGCCAUCUUGUGGAACCCCUGUACCGGAUUCACAUUCGAACCUCCGGAAAUCAGCGGUGAAGUCCGCUUUUGUGGCUUUGGUUAUGAUUAUCUCAGUGACAGUUACAAAAUUUUUGCAACUACAUGGAAGCAAGGGCCAUCUGAUUUUGAGUUUAGUACCAGAAUUUAUACAUUUGGGCCAACUUCGUCGUGGAGAAAAAUUGAUGAUAUCCCAUUAGCUCUAUGUGGUUUCCCAAGUGACCACCCUCGUUUUGCUAUUAAUAGGAAAGGGGAAUUUUUUCGUAGUAGCAGAUUAUGCACUCUUAAUUGGAGUGUUAAACAUGUGGUUCUUUAUUUUGAUUUGGAUAAAGAGAGUUAUGGUCAUUUUCCUCUGCCUGAUAGUGAAAUAGAUUUAGAUCAUAAUUUUCCAAGGGGGUGCACUCACUUAUGUGUCUUGAGAAACUGCCUUUCUUUUUGUUACCAGGAUAGGAGAACACGCCAGUGGAUUGUGUGGCAGAUGAAGGAAUACGGAGAUGCUCAAUCUUGGACUAAAUUGGCAGUGAUUUCGGUCCAUCCAAAAUUCACUUAUUCAAAUUUAGAUCGUUGUUUACAACCUCUUUACAUAUCGGAAAGUGAUGUUCUUUUGGCAUUUUAUCCAUUUUUCGGCAUAAUUUCAUGUAACUUAAAAAAUGGGAGCGUAGAAUUUCCUAAGAUUGACGGCUUCAACACGAGGAACCAUCCUUUUCAUCUAUGUAUCGGGUACAGGAUAGCUUGUAUCCACCAUGAAAGUUUAGUUUCACCAAAUGGUCUUCAAAGCAACUCAUCCAAAAUGCUGCGCUUCAUCAAACCCAAAUCCAAGCUUAUUGACUCUUAAAAGCCUAUUUGCGCCUUCUUUUGAUGAAGUCUUUCUAACACUACCAACUUGGUUUUUAAUGUUAUCGAAUUUAUUUAUCUUAGUACUAUGUUUAUUUUUCAAUUGCAAUUUAUUUCUUUAAGAUAAUUUGUUUGUUCUUCUUCCUGUUCUUGUCAGAUAAUUCUUUUGGCACUUUAAUUUGUGCACUGAUGAAAAAUUGUAAUCGGAUUAAGACAAAGAAGCCGAAUUUAAAAAAAAAAGUUUGAAGGAAUAUUUCUUGUUGAUGUAACAAUCAGCUUUUUUUAGAUUUUACCCCCACCCCCAUUCUUUUUAAACUCAUUAUAAGCAGUGUAUAAAAAAAAUUUAUGACA